AUGACAGGUUUGACGUCUGUCCUCCGCAACCUCGCGGACAAGCUCUAUGAAAAGCGCAAGAAUGCCGCGCUUGAGGUUGAGGGAAUUGUGAAACAGCUCACAACGGCUGGGGAUCACGAUAAGAUUACGGCGGUGAUCAAUUUGCUCACUACGGAAUUCACUAAUUCGCCACAAGCGAAUCACCGGAAGGGAGGAUUGAUAGGAUUAGCUGCUGCGACAGUUGGUUUGACCAGUGAAGCGGCUCAACAUCUUGAGCAAAUUGUGCCUCCUGUGCUUAAUUCCUUUUCUGACCAAGAUAGCAGAGUUCGUUAUUAUGCUUGUGAAGCUCUAUAUAACAUUGCAAAGGUUGUAAGAGGAGAUUUUAUCAUAUUCUUUAAUCAGAUAUUUGAUGCCUUGUGUAAGCUUUCAGCAGACUCAGAUGCUAACGUACAAAGUGCUGCUCAUCUUUUAGAUCGGCUUGUAAAGGAUAUUGUCACUGAAAGUGAUCAAUUCAGCAUUGAAGAAUUUAUACCAUUGUUGAGGGAGCGUAUGAAUGUCCUAAAUCCCUAUGUCCGCCAGUUUUUGGUUGGAUGGAUCACUGUCUUAGACAGUGUUCCAGAUAUUGAUAUGCUGGGAUUUCUUCCUGAUUUUCUUGAUGGCUUGUUUAAUAUGUUAAGUGAUUCAAGCCAUGAGAUAAGACAACAAGCUGAUUCAGCACUUUCAGAGUUUCUCCAAGAGAUCAAGAACUCCCCAUCUGUAGAUUAUGGUCGCAUGGCUGAAAUACUGGUACAGAGGGCUGCUUCACCGGAUGAAUUUACUCGGUUAACAGCUAUCACAUGGAUAAAUGAGUUCGUAAAGCUUGGUGGGGACCAGCUUGUUCCCUAUUAUGCUGAUAUUCUCGGAGCGAUUUUACCCUGCAUAUCUGAUAAAGAAGAGAAAAUUAGAGUGGUUGCUCGUGAAACCAAUGAAGAGCUUCGUGCCAUUAAGGCUGAUCCAGCUGAAGGAUUUGAUGUUGGAGCAAUCCUAUCUAUUGCAAGGAGGCAAUUAUCUAGUGAAUGGGAGGCUACUAGAAUUGAAGCAUUGCACUGGAUUUCAAACCUUCUAAACAGACAUCGUGCUGAGGUUUUAACUUUUCUGAACGACAUAUUUGACACCCUUUUAGAAGCACUUUCAGAUCCUUCUGAUCAGGUGGUUCUCCUGGUCCUUGAAGUUCAUGCAUGCAUAGCACAAGAUCCACAACACUUCCGCCAGCUUGUCGUGUUCCUCGUGCAUAAUUUCCGUGUAGAUAACUCUCUUCUAGAGAAGCGUGGUGCUUUGAUAAUUCGGCGACUUUGUGUGCUUUUAGAUGCUGAAAGGGUAUACCGAGAACUGUCUACUAUACUAGAAGGAGAGUCAGACCUGGAUUUUGCAUCUAUUAUGGUUCAGGCUUUGAACUUGAUUUUACUUACAUCCUCCGAGCUGUCUGAGCUUCGAGAUCUUUUGAAACAUUCACUUGUAAAUCCUUUUGGGAAAGACUUGUUUGUUUCUUUAUAUGCUUCUUGGUGCCACUCACCCAUGGCAAUUAUAAGCCUCUGCUUAUUAGCUCAGACAUAUCAGCAUGCGAGUACUGUGGUUCAGUCUCUGGUGGAGGAAGAUAUUAAUGUGAAAUUUUUGGUCCAGUUGGAUAAAUUGAUUCGGUUACUAGAAACUCCGAUCUUCGCAUAUCUUAGAUUACAGCUUCUUGAACCUGGAAGACAUGUAUGGUUGUUAAAAGCCUUGUAUGGUCUUCUGAUGUUGCUUCCCCAGCAAAGUGCCGCCUUUAAAAUCCUACGGACUCGUUUGAAAACUGUACCUUCAUACUCAUUUAAUGGUGAGCAACUCAGGCGAACUUCUUCGGGGAAUCCCUAUCAAAUCCUACAUCACAUGCCAGGUGGCUCACAGAUAACUGAAGAUGGCGACAUAAACCAGGACAGUAAGAAUUCACAUAAUGGAAUCAACUUUGCUUCAAGACUACAGCAGUUUGAGCAAAUGCAGCGACAGCAUCGUCAGCAUGCGAAAGUGCAGGCACAAUCACACAGAAAUUCGACAACAUCUUCAACACCAAAGGAUGUGCAAAGACCUGAAGAACUCAGCAGAACUUCUUCAUCAGAUGUGAAUAGGCCUGCUUCGAGAUCUAGGAGGGCGGCGGGGCAGUUACAAUUAUAAUGUUAUUGCUUCUGGACCCUGGCUGAGGGUAAUAUGUAUUCUUCUCAGCAAAGCAUAGGAAGGAGUGGCGGAUGGGAUCUGGUUGGUAUAGUUUGUAAAAUUGUAUAUCGUAGUAGUUUGUUGUUAAACUCAUGCAGGUUGGUUGGGAUGGUGAAAAUUGGGUUUUGAAUUGAGAUGAGCAGCUCAUUUAUCGCGAGCUAUUCUUUUGACUUGUGUAAGAAGAGGGAUGUGCCCAUGUGGUUCUGUUAUUUUUUAUUGAAAACCAUGUGGGGAGGAGGAGAGGGUAGAGGGAGAUAUUUCAUUUAGAAAGAUGGCAGUGUGUUUUCUUGAGAUGUAUCUGUUACACAGUUACAGCAAUCUUAUAAAGUUAGUCGAGCUA